CUCCUGAGGCCGGUAGCGGUUUUCCGCCCGUUGCUUUUUAUAACUCGGCCUCGACCACGCCGUAGGAGGUCGCAUCCCCCACCCCAUGGCGGCGCCGGAAUUGAGGCUAGACGGCUCAAUUCGCUUCUGGGUUUUGCUGCCCGUGGCCUGGAUCGCGAUCGCGAUCGGGAUUCUGCGGCUGCGCGUGGCGGGGCUGUUUCGCGGCGAGCGCGUGCUCGGCUGGCCCGAGCAACGGCAAGACACGCAGAUUCUGGCUCGUAGCCGCCUCCUGAGAGAAAAUGGACGUUUCCUAACUCAUCAGGGCUUCCUCAUGCGUAAGCAUCACUUCAAUAAUCCUGAGAGUGGUUUCUUCCGCAAAACCAAGCGUAAGGUACAGCCCCGAAACCCAUUGACAGAUCCUACCAUGGUCAUGGAGAUGAUGAAGGGCAAUCUUGUCAAUGUGCUGCCUAUGAUCCUCAUUGGAGGCUGGAUCAAUUGGGCCUUCUCUGGCUUUGUGGCUACCAAGGUUCCCUUUCCCCUGACCCUGCGGUUCAAGCCCAUGCUGCAGCGUGGAAUUAACCUGCCUUCCCUGGACCCCUCUUGGGUGAGUGCAGCCUCCUGGUAUUUCCUCAAUGUUUUUGGCCUCCGCCGAAUGAACAACCUCAUCCUAGAGGAGGAGACUGCUGCAGAGCAGAACCAUCUGCUGCUGCGGGAUCAGUUCCUGGGCCCAGCUGUGCCUGCUCCACCUGACCCUAACAAGGCCUUCAAGGCUGAAUGGGAAGCUUUAGAGCUGGUUUCUCACUGCUGGGCUCUACAAGAUGUAGAAGAACAGCUGAUGUCACAGGAUCUCAAGCUGACAGGAAUGUUUGGGCCCAGCUGAUCCUAUCCUCCUGUGAUAACUGUACGCCACUGUCCAAUGAGACAACAGUGUGCACAAAAGACCCUCCCACCUUGUUGGAAGGUGGAAGAGGAUCAGCUUUCCUGCAUGAUAUGCAUGGAGUGGCUUUUGUCUUUAGAAGCAUGGAGUUCCAGAAAGGAGCUUGAAGUACGUACAGCAACCCUUGUCUGUGGCCAGAGCAGCAGGUGGUAGCCUUUUCCAUUGGCUCUGGGUGUCUGAAGUGUGGUGUGUGUGUGGGUAGCUGGAGCCCACAGGAUGACAAAAAGCUACAGAGAAAAAAGGCAGGUGUGCCAGUCUGAGGUGUGUGUAGGUUGUAUCACUAUUAAAACCGAGGCAGCUGCCAACUAUUCUUGC